AUGAGCCAAGCGGCCGCAACGGACCCCUCGCCGGCUCCAACUUCUCCUCCGUCCUUCUCCGAAGACGCAGCAACGACAGGAACCAACACCACCACGACCACUGCGACGGCGUCGCCAGCCCUGCAGCAGCAGCAACAGCUAGGAGAAGCCACGCCACCGACGGAUCAGGAGGUCCACGAGAUCACCACCACGCUCGCCGCAGCCGCAGCCGCCAAGGAUCCGGCCGCCGCUACUACUGCUGCCUUUGCAGCUGCGAGUCCGUCGGCUGCCGCGGCCGAAGGUAUAUCCGUCACAACUACUGCUACUAGCGAGACGAACGACAACAACGAUCACAACGGUAACCCGAAUCCAGAGGGGAUCCUCAUCCUCGACGACGACGAAGAGGUUACGAGCUACUGGGAUGCUGAGGCCAUGGCUCCGCUCAACGCAGUCUCUGCGGCGGCCAUCGCGCGCCUGCGACGAUACGUCCCGCCCGCAUUCCCGCUCUGGGACCGACUUCCUGUGAGCCGCCGAGCGGCCGUUUUGGUUUUACUCUACGCAGAUCGCAGGGGCGAUUUGCGCGUCGUCAUCACGAUGCGCGCGGCCAGCCUGCGGAGCUUCUCAGGACACGCGGCGUUCCCGGGAGGCAAGGCAGAUACAUUGCAAGAGACACCGUACGAGAUUGCUAGAAGGGAAGCGUGGGAGGAGAUUGGGCUACCCAUGGACGACGCCCGCAUCCCGAAACCCUUCAAGAUCGAGCCCCUCUGCUACCUCCCCUACAACCUCGCCCGGACGGAGCUCGUCGUCCGCCCCUGCGUGGCCUUUCUCCACGCCGACGAGGAACCGGACGAGGACCCGAGCCCGCUCGUCGAGGAGCGCAUGAUCCCGCGUCUGGACGCCAAGGAGGUCGCCGCCGUCUUCUCCGCGCCCUUUCAAAACUUCCUUCGCGCAAAGGACGCAGAUAUUCCCUCAUCCUCCUCAAAGGUCCUCCCGCCGGGCCACUGGUACGACGGCAACUGGAUCCAGUGGAAAGAUCACCCGUGGCGUGUGCAUAAUUUCUACGUCCCCGUUGACGACCAGCGCGUUACGACGCCGGGGAACGCGAUGGAGGUGGACCACCCGCAGAGCAAUCUCGCCGAAAAGCUCGAAGAGGAGACGGAAAAGGAGGGCGGCGGGCGGUUCAAGGUGUGGGGUCUGACGGCGCACAUGCUCGUCGAUUGCGCGCGGAUCGCGUACGGCAAGGACCCCGAGUUUGAGUGUAAUUCGCACUUUGGCGACGAGGACAUUAUUCUACAGGCGGAGAGGGAGGGGAGCCUGGUGGAGAAGAAGAGGAAGCGGGAUGAUGUGGCGGCGAAGACGACGACGGGCACGGAGGAUGGGAGGGCAGAGAAAGCGGAACCUGCGAAGAUGUAA